AUGGCUAGCAAAAGAAAACGAUUAACUUUAAAAGAAAAAAUAGACAUUCUGGAAUUUCGAACAUCAAAUACAAUGGGCGUUCGUGCAUUAGCAGACAAAUUUAGUGUUAGUAAAACACAAAUUGCUGAUAUUAUAGCAAAUAAAGACACUCUUUACAAAAUUUGGGCUGAAAAUGGAGAAGAGAAACGGAAAUGGACAAAGCUACAAAAAACAGAAACCUCUAUAAUCGACAAUGAAGUAUUAAACUGGUUUUCAAAAUUACGAGAAAAAAAUCUUCCUGUUUCAGGACCGAUGCUUCAAGAAAAAAGUAAGCAAAUCGCUGAAAUGCACGGAUUUGAUUUUAAAGGCUCUAAUGGCUGGCUUGAAAAAUUUCGGAAAAGAAAUAAUAUUUCUUUUAAAUCAGUUUGUGGUGAAGCAGCAAGUGUUGAUGAAGAGGCCGUCAAUAACUGGAAAGCAAAAAUACCCGAAAUUAUAGCAAAUUACGCAGAAUGCGAUAUUUUUAAUGCAGAUGAAACGGGAUUGUUUUAUAGAGUUCUACCUGAUAAAACCAUGGCGUUUAAAAAUGAGAUAUGUACCGGAGGAAAAAUUUCAAAAGAACGUUUAACUGUACUUUUGUGUUCUAACAUGUUGGGUGAGUUUGAACGGCCAGUCGUCAUUGGCAAAGCUAAACGUCCACGAGCCUUCAAAAAAUUGGAUAUUAACAACUUUCCCGUCGAUUGGUAUUGGAACAAAAAAGCCUGGAUGACGACUGAAAUAAUGACUGAGUGGUUUAUGAAAUUUGAUAACAGAAUGGGUCAAAAUAAAAGAAAAGUUUUACUCUUUUUAGACAACGCGGCUCCUCAUCCACAUUUGAAAAUGAAAAAUAUUGAACUUGUGUUUUUUCCACCUAACAUGACAUCUCAUUGUCAACCGCUUGACCAAGGAGUAAUCCAUCAGUUUAAGAAAUUAUAUCGUACGCAGUUGUUACGUAAAGCUGUUGCCGAUUUGGAUGCCAAUUCAAGUCAACCUAUCAACGUGUUGGAUGCAAUUUACUGG